AUGACGACUAAUAUACCUUAUGGUGACAAACGGAGAGGAAAGUCUCAAUUACAAAUGAUCGCUUCAUGGUGCCGACAGGCUCAAUCAAGUAUUCUUGAUGAUCGUAGUGCAUUCUAUGUUGAACAGUUUACUACCUAUGAAGUUUUAUCUUCAACCGUAUUUGACAAAGAAGUUCAAUCAUUAACAAGUCUAUUUAUUGGAUCGACGAAAAAUACAUUUGUCCAUUCGUUGACUGUGAUUCGACAAAUGAUACAAGAUAAUGUAUUAAUGAGUGGUUAUACAACUAAUGCAUUCCCUUAUGCUGCAGGCAACAGUACCACUUUACGUCUUCAUAUGGGUUAUGCUUUUUAUCCACAAUCAGGUAUAUGCAUCUGCGUUUUCUCCAACAAUUGCACUGAACCAAUCAGCGAUUUUCAUUUUAAUGAAAUAUCGACGGAAUUUCCUAUUUUUUCAGGACUCCGGAGAGGUUGUUUCAUCGACGAAGCAACACUUCAAUCAACACUUGAAUGUUAUUACAAUCAAAGCUGUCUUGAUGCUAGUCACGCAUUUUUUGGCUUAGAUCUUUCGAAUAAUUUCACUGCUAUGAAGACAACUGUCUCAAGUCAGUUUAAUGCUACUUCGGUAAUGAGAGAUAUUCUUAAUGAAAUGAUGGUAGAGGAUUGGAUAUAUACAUCCUCUCAUGUAUCUUUCUACAAUGCAUGUCAACCAAUAUCUUGUAGUUACUCAUAUACCACAAAGAAUGACUUAUCGAUCAUUAUUAGUGACAUCAUAGGAUUAAUUGGUGGUUUAACAACUAUUCUAAUGAUUAUUAUUCCCCAUUUGAUAAAGCUUGUGCGUCGUUGCCAACGACGAUUGGCCUUUCAACGAGCACACUUUGCAGGUGUAUUUCGAAUGGAACAAUUACGUCAAUAUUGGAACAAAGGAAAAGAAAAGAUACGCCUUUUGAAUAUAUUCUAUUCAAGACAUGAACAAGUCAUUGUCAAUGCUUAUGAUUUACGGACUCAGAUUAUUUCCACGCGUGUCUUUCUGGGUUUUCUCUUUGUUUCUCUAUUUGUACUUGGUAUUUAUACAUCUCAAGUACCCAUCAACACGAUAGUUACCAUUCGUUCGCCUUUACUUGACCAAUAUUCACGUAUAUAUUCUCAAUAUUCGCAAUCGCUUUCAUGUCCUUGCACGAGUAUUUCUCUUACUUACGAGCAAUUUGUUAAUGUGCGAGUAGCACGUUUUCAUCAAAUAUGUCAAAGUAUAUAUGUUACAACAGCUUGGACAUUACUCAUUGAUGAUUCACAUCAGCUUCACAGGAUCUUCACUAACGAUUUUCGUCAGUUAGGUGGCCGUUUCUUUGAAACAUUAGCUUCAUUCUGUGCUCUCUCUCAAGAACUAAUCACAGAAGAAUUGAUCAAAUUCAAUGCAAGCCGUUUCGUGACUAA